GUGAGGCGACAGAUGGCCAUGUCUAGCGCUGUGCCGCUAUCCAUGCGGAAGAAGAUGGAUAAGAAGGAGACGGAAAACAUUGCAGAAGAAGCAGCCUUUGUCGUUGCAGUUACUGCAGAAGUGCAGAAUGCCAUGCCGGUUUCCGACGCGGUGCUCGCAGCUGAGUGGGUGGACAAGUACGUGGAGGGUGACUCUGGUGUCCUGCUGGAGGUUCAGUCGGCGAUCCUGCAGAGAAACUGCAAGCAUGUUUCAGAGUUGGGCACCAUCCAGCAGAUCAUGAACUGUCAUGCGGGAAAUGCGCCUGUCACAUCCAGCAGUGCUACCACACACAUGGUUCAGUUGGAGUCCGAGAGUUUCCAGCUUGUCAUGAAGCAGCUGGCAUAUGACUGCCAAGCACUGCGAGUGGCAAGGUCCAAGAAGAACACGUGGGAGUCGACAGUGUACCAUGCAAAACUCCAAUUCCGAGUACAAGCGUACCAGGAGUCGUGCAAGGCAGCGAAGCACUUCCUUGACUCGAAUUGCCACAUCUUCAACUACAGCAAGCCGGAGAUGAUGGCAAACUCAAUCCUCGCAUACUGCACAGACACGACACAGAAGUUCAAGCUGGACAAAACGGCAAGCUUGUUCUUCUUGAAUUGGUCGGCGCCGUGCACCAUCAAGAAGGGUGCCAAGAGUGCUCAGUUGGCAUCCUGUCAGGCAGUGCUGGCAUCAUCAGAGAACAACAUCGGGAUCAUGUUGCAGCCUGAAUUCACCUACAAAAAGAAUCAGCUUUGGAUGUUGGAGAAUGCCCACGCAAAGGACCUAGCUUCCCACGGCAUUAGCCUCGACAAAGGAUGGAUUUUGAUGUUCAAGGAGAAGGUGGAUCAGCGUGACAACCUGCGGCCUCUGAACUACAGGGGACGAGUUCUUGAGGGUGCCAUUGCAAGGGUUGCCCCCAAAGACAACAUUUGGAAGAACGCUGCCAUCCUGAAGGAGGGCCGCACGGUUGCCCUGGCUGCUGAUGAUUCGGUUCAGGGUGGCAAGAAGGUGGAGCAAAUUGGCGCCUGCGCGUGCACCAAGAUUCUUUCGGGCAUGCUGGAUGAUUUGCAGCUGGCUGGCCGGGCCGGCGUUUUCAUCAUUGACGCCCACAUGAAUGUUGGCAACAUGUUCGACGCGUUCACUGCGAUCCGCUCCAAGUACAACUUCCCCAUCUUCUACAUUGGGGCAAGUGACGAUGAGAACUGUGUGAGCUGGUUCUUUGAGACCAAACAG